AACAGGUCAUGUCUUUGCUAGUGUUUAUUUACAUGACAGCAGAUGGCUGCUGUGAGCAGACAGGUUGCAUUUCAGGACUGGGCUCCGCUCCGCAGCGCCCCCGUCCGGCCUGCCGCUGCACUGCGCGGAGAAGCUGUGCGUGUGUGAGUGUGCGUGUGUAUGCGUGUGCGCCCGGUGAGCGACUGCCGCUGAAGAGACAACACCGCUGUCUGCUGUCAGCCUGACCAGUAACUGGCAAUGGAGUACAUGAACAACGCCUCGAACAGCUACGGUUCUGGAGACACCGUCAGUGCCUCCUUAACGAACAUGACCAUCAAUGACCAGCAUCACCAGGAGAACGGAGUCAAAAUGAAAGAUGAAGAAGCAGUGGUCACUGAAAAUGGGCUGAAAACUGUGUGUGAACUUUCUCAGCCAGAGAGCAACCAAUACGAUGACGAGUUGCAUCCUGCAGGAGGAGCCUCUUCAACAGCUCAAGUAAGGACAAAUAAUGGAGACAAGAGUCAAACUGUCACCACACCACCCUCUUACCUUAAAAGACCCACUGUUGUCGCCAAGGGCAACAGAACACCCGGUUCCUCCCGAAACGGCCACAGCUCCAUCCCCAUUAAAGCCACCACCAGCCCAGGGCCCCGGCAGCCCGGAGGUGCUGGUGCUGCAAAGCCUCAAGUCCAAGGAGCCAAAACUACUGCCAGAAGUGCAGCUCAACCAGCUAGUGCCAAGAAACCCCCCACUCCAAAAAAUGAAAAAGAUGCCAGGAGUGGGCAGAGCAGCCCCGGUACACCCAAGUCCCCCGGCAGCCAGGCACUUUCCGCCGCCGAGGCCAACAAAGUGAAAAAGGUCGCGGUUGUACGUUCCAAUCCGAAAUCUCCGGGAUCGCUGAAGAGCCGUUCUCCGGCUCCUCUGGCUGCUGCGGCGCCGCUGCCUGACCUGAAAAACGUCAGGUCAAAGGUCGGCUCCACAGACAACUUGAAACACCAGCCUGGCGGUGGGAAGGUGCAAAUCGUGGAGCAGAAGUUGGACUUUAGUAGUGUGCAGUCUAAGUGUGGCUCCAAAGACAAUGUCAAACACAAGCCAGGGGGAGGAAAUGUCCAAAUCCUCGAUAAGAAGCUGGACUUAUCCAACGUCCAAGCUCGCUGUGGUUCUAAAGACAACUUAAAGCACAAGCCUGGAGGAGGAAGGGUUAAAAUACUUGAUCAGAAGUUGGACUUUAGUACUGUCCAGUCUAAGUGUGGCUCCAAAGACAAUAUAAAACAUGCUCCCGGUGGAGGCAACGUGCAAAUUCUUGAUAAGAAGCUGGACUUAAGCAGCGUGCAGUCCCGCUGUGGCUCCAAAGACAAUAUAAAACAUGUACCCGGCGGUGGCAAUGUUCAAAUCGUGCACAAAAAGAUUGACUUGAGCAACGUUACAUCAAAAUGUGGAUCGAAAGACAACAUUCAUCACAAGCCAGGUGGUGGCAAUGUGGAGAUCAAAACCGAGAAGCUAGAGUUUAAAGUUCAGUCCAAAGUCGGCUCCCUGGGCAACAUCGGUCACGUCCCCGGAGGUGGACAGAGGAAGAUUGAGAGCCACAAGCUGAACUUCCGUGAGACGGCCAAGGCACGCACCGACCACGGCGCUGAGAUCAUCUCCCUGGAAGACUCGCCCCAGCAGCUCAGCACCGUGUCGUCCUCCGGCAGCAUCAACAUGACCGACUCCCCGCAGCUCUCCACGCUGGCCGACCAGGUGUCCGCCUCGCUGGCCAAGCAGGGCUUGUGAACGUGCCCCGUCCCGCCCCCGCUCCCGCUUCCUGCUCCACCUGCACCACACCACCACGUAGAGGAGUUGUAUAAUGCCUUCCUCAUUACUUUCACUGGACUUUUUUUUAAAGAUACCCAUCACUGUUUGUCCUCCACUAACCUCUUAAAUUUACUGAGGCGUUUCUUUUUAGUGAAGAACAAAAAAAGAAAAAGAUCUGAAUAGCAGGUAGGCCAAACUGUAUUGAUUUCUCUCUGCGGUCUUCUUGCAAAAAUACUUACACCUUUUGUAGUAAAUAUUUUGGAGUUAAAGCAUAUAGCUGAG